CUCUCCUGAGCCACCAUGGGGCUGCCACUGGCCCGCCUGGUGGCCACCUGUCUGGCCCUGGCCUCAGCCGGGGGCUUGGAGCUGCAGAGAGUGGGCCACAAUGUCUGUAGCACCUGGGGCAACUUCCACUACAAGACCUUCGAUGGCGACAUCUUCCAGUUUCCUGGCCUCUGCAACUACAACUUCGCCUCAGACUGCCGCGACUCCUACAAGGAGUUCGCUGUGCACCUGAAGCGGGGCCUGGGCCAGAGCGGCAGCCACCCCCAGGUGGAGUCUGUGCUGCUGACUAUCAAGGACGACAUCAUCUACCUCACCCGGCAGCUGACCGUGGUGAACGGCGCCAUGGUCAGCAGUCCGUACUACAGCUCCGGGCUGUCCAUCAUUAAGAGUGAAGCCUACACCAAAGUCUACUCUCGAGCUGGCCUCUUGCUCCUGUGGAACCGCGAGGAUGCGCUCAUGCUGGAGCUGGACAGCAGGUUCCAAAACCACACCUGUGGGCUGUGUGGUGACUACAACGGGCUGCAGACCUACUCGGAAUUCCUGUCGGAAGGUGUAACCUUCAGUGCCAUCGAGUUCGGGAACAUGCAGAAGAUCAACAAGCCCGAGACAGAGUGCGAGGAUCCCCAGGAGGCAGAGGAGCCCGAGUCCUGCUCUGAGCACCGUGCUGAGUGUGAGAGUCUGCUGACGGUUGCGGCCUUUGAGGACUGCCGGGACCGCAUACCACUGGAGCUGUAUGUGGACGCCUGUGUGCGUGACCGCUGCCAGUGCACAGCUGCUGACAGCUGCGUGUGCAACUCCGUGGCCGAGUAUUCCCGCCAGUGCUCCCACGCAGGGGGCCGGCCUGGCAACUGGAGGACAGCCUCCUUCUGUGCCAAGAGCUGUCCUGGCAACAUGGUGUACCUGGAGAGCAGCUCGCCCUGCAUGGACACCUGUUCCCACUUGGGGGUCAGCCACCUGUGUGAGGAGCACUAUAUGGACGGCUGCUUUUGCCCUGAAGGCACUGUGUAUGAUGACAUCACUAGCAGUGGCUGUGUCCCCGUCAGCCAGUGCCACUGCAAGCUCCAUGGCCACUUGUAUGCCCCAGGCCAGGAGGUCACCAACGAGUGUGAGCAGUGCGUCUGCAACGCCGGCCGCUGGGAGUGCCAGGACCUGCCGUGCCCCGGAGCCUGUGCCCUGGAGGGUGGAGCCCACAUUACCACCUUUGAUGGGAAGAGGUUCACCUUCCAUGGGGACUGCUAUUACGUCCUGACCAAGGGUGACCACAACAACUCCUACUCUCUGCUGGGUGAGCUGGGCCCCUGCGGUGCUACUGACAAGCAGACCUGCCUGAAGACUGUGGUGCUGCAGAUGGACAACAGGAAGAACGUGGUGGCCUUCAAGUCCGAUGGCAGCGUGCUGCUCAAUGAGAUGCAGGUGACCCUGCCCCAUGUGGCUGCCAGCUUCUCCAUCUUCCGACCAUCCUCCUACCACAUUGUGGUGAGCACAGUCCUUGGACUGCGGCUGCAGGUCCAGCUGGAGCCCAUCAUGCAGCUCUUCGUGACUCUGGACCCCUCCGCCCAGGGCCAGGUGCAGGGCCUCUGCGGGAACUUCAAUGGCCUGGAAACCGACGACUUCGAGACGUCUUCGGGGCUGGUGGAGGCCACAGGAGCCAGUUUUGCCAACUCCUGGAAGGCACAGGACAGUUGCGAGGACAAAUUGGACUGGCUGGAUGACCCCUGCUCCCUCAACAUCGAGAGUGCCAACUAUGCCGAACACUGGUGCUCCCUCCUGAAGAAUGUGGAGACGCCCUUCGGCAGGUGCCACGUGGCUGUGGACCCCACCGAGUAUUACAAGAGGUGCAAGUACGACACGUGCAACUGUCAGGACAACGAGGACUGCCUGUGCGCGGCGCUGUCCUCCUACGCGCUCGCCUGCGCCGCCAAGGGCAUCAUGCUGUGGGGCUGGCGGAAGCAAAUCUGCAACAAGGACGUGGACGCCUGCCCCAGUUCCCAGAUCUUCCUGUACAACCUGACCGCCUGCCAGCAGACCUGCCGUUCGCUCUCUGAGGGCCACGCCCGUUGCCUGAAGGGCUUUGUGCCCGUGGACGGCUGUGGCUGCCCCGACAACACCUUCCUUGACCAGAAAGGCCGCUGUGUGCCCAGGGCCAAAUGUUCCUGCUACCACCACGGGCUCUACUUGGAGGCAGGGGAGGUGAUCCUGAGGCAGAAUGAUCGCUGCACCUGCCAGGACGGGAGGCUGAACUGCAGGCCGAUCCAGCUGAUUGGGCAGAGCUGCAAGGCCCCCAGAAUUCUGGUAGACUGCAAUAACCUCACAUCUCCAGCCAUCCGGAAGCCCCGCCCCAUCAGUUGCCAGACCCUGGUAGCUGGCUAUUACCACAUGGGCUGUGUCAGUGGCUGCAUGUGCCCCAACGGGCUGCUGGAUGAUGGCCGAGGCGGCUGCGUGGAGCCGGAGGAGUGCCCGUGCCUCCACAAUAAGCACCUAUACUUCCCUGGGCAACAGAUCAAGCUGGACUGCAACAACACCUGCACCUGCCAGAGGGGACGCUGGGAAUGCACAAAGUUCGUGUGCCACGGUACCUGCUCCAUCUAUGGCAGUGGCCACUACGUCACCUUUGAUGGGAGGCACUAUGACUUUGACGGACACUGCUCCUAUGUGGCCAUUCAGGACUACUGUGGCCAGAACUCCACAGGCUCUUUCAGCAUCGUCACUGAGAAUGUCCCUUGUGGCACCACUGGUGUCACUUGUUCCAAGGCCAUCAAGAUCUUCCUAGGGAGGACGGAGCUGAAGCUGGAGGACAAGCACAGCAAGGUGAUCCAGCUGGAGGAAGGCCACCAUGCAGCCUACACCACUCGGGAGGUGGGCCAGUACCUGGUGGUGGAGGCCAGCACGGGUGUCAUCGUGAUCUGGGACAAGAAGACCACUGUCUUCAUCAAGCUGGCUCCCUCCUACAAGGGCUCCGUGUGUGGGCUGUGUGGGAACUUUGACGACCGCACCAGCAACGACUUCACCACACGGGACCACAUGGUGGUAAGCAGCGAGCUGCACUUUGGGAACAGCUGGAAGGAGACCUCCACUUGCCCAGACGUGACUGUCACCCCGGAGCCCUGUAGCCUGAACCCUCAUCGCCGCUCCUGGGCGGAGAAGCAGUGCAGCAUCAUCAAGAGCAGCGUGUUCGCAGUGUGCCACAGCAAGGUGGACCCCACGGUCUUCUAUGAGGCCUGUGUGCAUGACUCCUGCUCGUGCGACUCUGGCGGGGACUGCGAGUGCUUCUGCUCUGCCGUGGCCUCCUAUGCCCAGGAGUGCACCAAGGCUGAGGCCUGCGUGUUCUGGAGGACCCCAGAUCUGUGCCCCAUAUUCUGUGAUUACUACAACCCCCCUAACGAGUGUGAGUGGCACUAUGAGCCAUGCGGGAACCGCAGCUUCGAGACUUGCAGAACCAUCAACGGCAUCCACUCUAACAUCUCUGUGUCCUACUUGGAGGGCUGCUACCCCCGGUGCCCUAAGCACAGGCCCAUCUAUGAUGAGGACCUGAAGAAGUGUGUCACUGGGGACCAGUGUGGCUGCUACAUCGAGGGCACCCACUAUCCUCCUGGAAAAUUGAUUCCCACCAAGGAGAUCUGCAAGACCUGCGUGUGCACCAACUCCUCUGAGGUGAGCUGCUGGUGGGACGAAGGGAAGAUCAUCAACGAGACCCAAGAUGGCAUCUUCUGCUACUCUGAGAUCUGUGGCCCGAAUGGGACAGUGAACAAGACCUUCGUGAUCUGUAAAUCCACCACACUAGCUCCAUCCACCACGCUACGCCCGUCCACCCUGACCACUUCCACCUCGGUCCCCACUGCCUCCACCCCCAUCCUUACCACCACCAGCACUUUCCCACCCAGGACAGAGAUUUGCUGCUUCUGGUCAGACUGGAUCAACGAGGACCACCCUAGCAGCGGUACUGAUGGUGGUGACCAUGAGACUUUUGAAAGAGUUUGCAGUGCUCCUGAGGACAUCCAGUGCAGGUCAGCCAUCGAACCUCAUCUCAGCUGGAAGGAGUUAGGCCAGAAAGUCCAGUGCAAUGUCUCCCAUGGGUUCCAUUGCAAGAAUGAAGAUCAAUUUGAAAGUGGACUAUUUGGGUUGUGUUAUGACUACGAGAUACGAGUCAACUGUUGCCUGGAGAUGGAAUAUUGCCCAACGCCCAGCUUACCCACGUCUCCACUGACCACCACGCCAACCACCACAACAAUCACAUUACCGCUGACAACAUCACCGACCACCAGGCCAACCACAUCACCAGCCACCAGCCCUACCACAUCACUGACCACAUCACCGAGGACCACCCUGACUAGCUCACUGACCACCACGCUGAACACACCACUGACUACCACACCAAACAUUCCAUGUGAUUGCAAAUGGACUGGCUGGGUAGAUUCAGGAAAACCACCAUUGGAGAAGCCAGGGGGAGAUUUUGAAAGGAUUGAAGAUGUCUGUGCACCUCCCUGGAUAGCAACUAACAUCUCCUGCAGAGCUGUACAGUAUCCCCAUAUUCCAAUUGAACAGCUUGGACAGCACGUGACAUGUGACCUCAGUGUGGGGCUGGUGUGCAGAAAUGAAGACCAAACACUAGGUGGAGUAAUUCCACAGCCUUACUGCACCAACUAUGAGAUCAACGUUGAAUGCUGUGAGCUCUGCGUGCCCACCUCCACCACCAGCCUUACCUCCACUUCAACUAGCAAGCCUGAGAUGUCCACACCAACGCCCACCACCAUGGUAACCCCAACAGCCACACCCACCACAAGUAGAGAGACCCAAAGGAGCACACCAGAGACCACAACACCUCCCCCUACCACCACAACCACAGAAACACCAACACCCACCCCCACUACAACCACAGUGACAUCAACACUCACAGCACAGACGUCAACAACUACACCAACCAGUACUACCACAGAGACCCCGAUACCCACAACCACACCCAUUACUACCACAGUGACUCCAACUAUUACACCAGAGACCACAACACUUUCUUCUCCAAACACUACUACACAGAUUACAACACCCACACCUUCCACUACAACCCCAGUGACCCCAACCACUACUGCAGAGACUACACUUACACUGACCAGCACAACCACAGAGACACCAACACCCUCAGCCCCACUCAUUACUAAACCCACAGUGACUCCAACCACUACUCCAGAGACUACAACACUUACACCCACUACCAGGACCACAGAGACCCCAAAACCCACACCCACACCCAUUACUACAACCACAGUGACUCCAAGCACUACACCACAGACAACAACACUUUACUCUACCACCACUACCCCACAGACUACAACACCCACCCCGAUUACUACAGCCACAGUGACUCCAAACACUACGCCAGAGACUCCAACACCUACACCCACCAGAUCGACCACAGAGACCCCAACACUGACAUCCACACCCAUUACUACAACCACAGUGACUCCAAGCACUACACCACAGACAACAACACUUUACUCUACCACCACUACCCCACAGACUACAACACCCACCCCGAUUACUACAACCACAGUGACUCCAAACACUACGCCAGAGACUCCAACACCUACACCCACCAGAUCGACCACAGAGACCCCAACACUGACACCCACACCCAUUACUACAACCACAGUGACUCCAAGCACUACACCACAGACAACAACACUUUACUCUACCACCACUACCCCACAGACUACAACACCCACCCCAAUUACUACAACCACAGUGACUCCAAACACUACGCCAGAGACUCCAACACCUACACCCACCAGAUCGACCACAGAGACCCCAACACCGACACCCACACCCAUUACUACAACCACAGUGACUCCAACCACUACACCAGAGACCACAACAUCUCCCUCUAUAACAACUGCUACACAGACAACAACACCCACACCCUUUAGUACAACCACAGUGGCUCCAACCUCUACUCCAGAGACUACAACACUUACACCCACUACCAGGACCACAGAGACCCCAACACUGACACCCACACCCAUUACUACAACCACAGUGACUCCAAGCACUACACCACAGACAACAACACUUUACUCUACCACCACUACCCCACAGACUACAACACCCACCCCGAUUACUACAACCACAGUGACUCCAAACACUACGCCAGAGACUCCAACACCUACACCCACCAGAUCGACCACAGAGACCCCAACACUGACACCCACACCCAUUACUACAACCACAGUGACUCCAAGCACUACACCACAGACAACAACACUUUACUCUACCACCACUACCCCACAGACUACAACACCCACCCCAAUUACUACAACCACAGUGACUCCAAACACUACGCCAGAGACUACAACACCUACACCCACCAGAUCGACCACAGAGACCCCAACACCGACACCCACACCCAUUACUACAACCACAGUGACUCCAACCACUACACCAGAGACCACAACAUCUCCCUCUAUAACAACUGCUACACAGACAACAACACCCACACCCUUUAGUACAACCACAGUGGCUCCAACCUCUACUCCAGAGACUACAACACUUACACCCACUACCAGGACCACAGAGACCCCAACACUGACACCCACACCCAUUACUACAACCACAGUGACUCCAAGCACUACACCACAGACAACAACACUUUACUCUACCACCACUACCCAACAGACUACAACACCCACCCCGAUUACUACAACCACAGUGACUCCAAACACUACGCCAGAGACUACAACACCUACACCCACCAGAUCGACCACAGAGACCCCAACACCGACACCCACACCCAUUACUACAACCACAGUGACUCCAACCACUACACCAGAGACCACAACAUCUCCCUCUAUAACAACUGCUACACAGACAACAACACCCACACCCUUUAGUACAACCACAGUGACCCCAACCAUUACUCCAGAGACUACAACACUUACACCCACUACCAGGUCCACAGAGACCCCAAAACCCACACCCACACCCAUUACUACAACCACAGUGACUCCAAGCACUACACCACAGACAACAACACUUUACUCUACCACCACUACCCCACAGACUACAACACCCACCCCAAUUACUACAGCCACAGUGACUCCAAACACUACGCCAGAGACUCCAACACCUACACCCACCAGAUCGACCACAGAGACCCCAACACCGACACCCACACCCAUUACUACAACCACAGUGACUCCAACCACUACACCAGAGACCACAACAUCUCCCUCUAUAACAACUGCUACACAGACAACAACACCCACACCCUUUAGUACAACCACAGUGACCCCAACCAUUACUCCAGAGACUACAACACUUACACCCACUACCAGGUCCACAGAGACCCCAAAACCCACACCCACACCCAUUACUACAACCACAGUGACUCCAAGCACUACACCACAGACAACAACACUUUACUCUACCACCACUACCCCACAGACUACAACACCCACCCCAAUUACUACAGCCACAGUGACUCCAAACACUACGCCAGAGACUCCAACACCUACACCCACCAGAUCGACCACAGAGACCCCAACACCGACACCCACACCCAUUACUACAACCACAGUGACUCCAACCACUACACCAGAGACCACAACAUCUCCCUCUAUAACAACUGCUACACAGACAACAACACCCACACCCUUUAGUACAACCACAGUGACCCCAACCAUUACUCCAGAGACUACAACACUUACACCCACUACCAGGUCCACAGAGACCCCAAAACCCACACCCACACCCAUUACUACAACCACAGUGACUCCAAGCACUACACCACAGACAACAACACUUUACUCUACCACCACUACCCCACAGACUACAACACCCACCCCAAUUACUACAACCACAGUGACUCCAAACACUACGCCAGAGACUCCAACACCUACACCCACCAGAUCGACCACAGAGACCCCAACACCGACACCCACACCCAUUACUACAACCACAGUGACUCCAACCACUACACCAGAGACCACAACAUCUCCCUCUAUAACAACUGCUACACAGACAACAACACCCACACCCUUUAGUACAACCACAGUGGCUCCAACCUCUACUCCAGAGACUACAACACUUACACCCACUACCAGGACCACAGAGACCCCAACACUGACACCCACACCCAUUACUACAACCACAGUGACUCCAAGCACUACACCACAGACAACAACACUUUACUCUACCACCACUACCCCACAGACUACAACACCCACCCCGAUUACUACAACCACAGUGACUCCAAACACUACGCCAGAGACUACAACACCUACACCCACCAGAUCGACCACAGAGACCCCAACACCCACACCCACACCCAUUACUACAACCACAGUGACUCCAACCACUACACCAGAGACCACAACAUCUCCCUCUAUAACAACUGCUACACAGACAACAACACCCACACCCUUUAGUACAACCACAGUGACCCCAACCAUUACUCCAGAGACUACAACACUUACACCCACUACCAGGUCCACAGAGACCCCAAAACCCACACCCACACCCAUUACUACAACCACAGUGACUCCAAGCACUACACCACAGACAACAACACUUUACUCUACCACCACUACCCCACAGACUACAACACCCACCCCAAUUACUACAGCCACAGUGACUCCAAACACUACGCCAGAGACUCCAACACCUACACCCACCAGAUCGACCACAGAGACCCCAACACCGACACCCACACCCAUUACUACAACCACAGUGACUCCAACCACUACACCAGAGACCACAACAUCUCCCUCUAUAACAACUGCUACACAGACAACAACACCCACACCCUUUAGUACAACCACAGUGACCCCAACCAUUACUCCAGAGACUACAACACUUACACCCACUACCAGGUCCACAGAGACCCCAAAACCCACACCCACACCCAUUACUACAACCACAGUGACUCCAAGCACUACACCACAGACAACAACACUUUACUCUACCACCACUACCCCACAGACUACAACACCCACCCCAUAUACUACAGCCACAGUGACUCCAAACACUACGCCAGAGACUCCAACACCUACACCCACCAGAUCGACCACAGAGACCCCAACACCGACACCCACACCCAUUACUACAACCACAGUGACUCCAACCACUACACCAGAGACCACAACAUCUCCCUCUAUAACAACUGCUACACAGACAACAACACCCACACCCUUUAGUACAACCACAGUGACCCCAACCAUUACUCCAGAGACUACAACACUUACACCCACUACCAGGUCCACAGAGACCCCAAAACCCACACCCACACCCAUUACUACAACCACAGUGACUCCAAGCACUACAUCACAGACAACAACACUUUACUCUACCACCACUACCCCACAGACUACAACACCCACCCCAAUUACUACAGCCACAGUGACUCCAAACACUACGCCAGAGACUCCAACACCUACACCCACCAGAUCGACCACAGAGACCCCAACACUGACACCCACACCCAUUACUACAACCACAGUGACUCCAACCACUACACCAGAGACCACAACAUCUCCCUCUAUAACAACUGCUACACAGACAACAACACCCACACCCUUUAGUACAACCACAGUGACCCCAACCAUUACUCCAGAGACUACAACACUUACACCCACUACCAGGACCACAGAGACCCCAACACUGACACCCACACCCAUUACUACAACCACAGUGACUCCAAGCACUACACCACAGACAACAACACUUUACUCUACCACCACUACCCCACAGACUACAACACCCACCCCAAUUACUACAACCACAGUGACUCCAAACACUACGCCAGAGACUCCAACACCUACACCCACCAGAUCGACCACAGAGACCCCAACACCGACACCCACACCCAUUACUACAACCACAGUGACUCCAACCACUACACCAGAGACCACAACAUCUCCCUCUAUAACAACUGCUACACAGACAACAACACCCACACCCUUUAGUACAACCACAGUGGCUCCAACCUCUACUCCAGAGACUACAACACUUACACCCACUACCAGGACCACAGAGACCCCAACACUGACACCCACACCCAUUACUACAACCACAGUGACUCCAAGCACUACACCACAGACAACAACACUUUACUCUACCACCACUACCCCACAGACUACAACACCCACCCCGAUUACUACAACCACAGUGACUCCAAACACUACGCCAGAGACUACAACACCUACACCCACCAGAUCGACCACAGAGACCCCAACACCCACACCCACACCCAUUACUACAACCACAGUGACUCCAACCACUACACCAGAGACCACAACAUCUCCCUCUAUAACAACUGCUACACAGACAACAACACCCACACCCUUUAGUACAACCACAGUGACCCCAACCAUUACUCCAGAGACUACAACACUUACACCCACUACCAGGUCCACAGAGACCCCAAAACCCACACCCACACCCAUUACUACAACCACAGUGACUCCAACCACUACACCAGAGACCACAACAUCUCCCUCUAUAACAACUGCUACACAGACAACAACACCCACACCCUUUAGUACAACCACAGUGACCCCAACCAUUACUCCAGAGACUACAACACUUACACCCACUACCAGGACCACAGAGACCCCAACACUGACACCCACACCCAUUACUACAACCACAGUGACUCCAAGCACUACACCACAGACAACAACACUUUACUCUACCACCACUACACCACAGACUACAACACCCACCCCAAUUACUACAACCACAGUGACUCCAAACACUACGCCAGAGACUACAACACCUACACCCACCAGAUCGACCACAGAGACCCCAACACCGACACCCACACCCAUUACUACAACCACAGUGACUCCAACCACUACACCAGAGACCACAACAUCUCCCUCUAUAACAAUUUCUACACAGACUACAACACCCACACCCUUUAGUACAACCACAGUGACCCCAACCAGUACUCCAGAGACUACAACACUUACACCCACUACCAGGACCACAGAGACCCCAAAACCCACACCCACACCCAUUACUACAACCACAGUGACUCCAAGCACUACACCACAGACAACAACACUUUACUCUACCACCACUACCCCACAGACUACAACACCCACCCCGAUUACUACAGCCACAGUGACUCCAAGCACUACGCCAGAGACUACAACACCUACACCCACCAGAUCAACCACAGAGACCCCAACACCAACACCCACACCCAUUACUACAACUACAGUGACUCCAACCACUACACCAGAGACCACAACACCUUCCUCUACCACCACUACCACACAGACUACAACACCCACACCCUCCACUACAACCCCAGAGACCCCAACCACUACCCCAGAGACUACACCUACACCCACCACCACAACUACAGAGACCCCAAAAUCCACACCCACCCCGAUUACUACAACCACAGUGACUCCAAACACUACGCCAGAGACUACAACACCUACACCCACCAGAUUGACGACAGAGACCCCAACACUGACACCCACACCCAUUACUACAACCACAGUGACUCCAACCAGUACACCAGAGACCACAACACCUUCCUCUACCACCACUACUACACAGACUACAAUACUCACAUCCUCCACUACAAGCCCAGAGACCCCAACAAUAAUAGAGACGACAACAGCUAUACCCACCAGGACCACAGAAACCCCAACACUGACACCCACAUCCAUUACUACAACUACAGUGAUUCCAACUACUACACCAGAGACCACAACAUCUCCCUCUAUAACAACUUCUACACAGACUACAACACCCACACCCUCUAGUGCCACCCCAGUGACCCCAACCAUUACUCCAGAGACUACAGCAUCUACACCUACUACCCCAACAACAGAGACCCCUACACCCACACCCACACCCAUUACUACACCCACAGUGCCUCCAAGCACUACACCACAUACGACACUUUCCUUUACCACCACUACUACACAGAAUACAACACCCACACCCUCCUCCACAACCCCAGUGACAUCAACAGUAACAGAGACUUCAACAGUUACACCUACUACCAUGACCACAGAGACCUCAACAUCUAUACCCACACCUAUUACUUCAAUCACAGUGACUCCAACCACUCUACCAGAGACCACAACGCCUCUCUCUACCACUAGUAUUGCACAGACUAGGACACCCACAUCCUCCACCACAACCCUGAUGACCCCAACUGUAACAGAGACCUCAACACCUACACCCACCAGGACUCCAACUUCAGUAACUACCAGUACAGGGACCCUGACCACCACACCCACCAGCACAAGUCCGCAAACCACCACUCCUGUAUCUACCCAUUCUUCCCCAACCCCACGUCCUGUAUCAACGACCACCGCCGUCACCUUGACCCAGAGCACUCUCUCCACGGCACUGUCAACACGGGAGACCACACCACUUCCAAGUCCCAGUUCUAGCUGGACCUACAGUUCUCUCAGAAAGUGCUGCUUUGCGAAUGACACCUAUUAUGCCCCAGGUGAGGUGGUGUACAAUGGGACCCAUGGGGACACCUGCUAUUAUGUCAACUGCUCUCUGGAAUGCGAAUUCCAGAUCUUCAACUGGUCCUGCCCAUCCACACCUUCUCCAUCGCCCUCAACACCCUCCACGUCCACACCCACGCCCUCCACAUCCACACCCAUGCCCUCCACAACGAUAUCCAGCACAUCAGUCACCUCCAAGGGUCCUGGGUGCACAAACUUCACUCCUCCAAGAGAGGAGAAUGAGAGGUGGUUGUUGUGUAACUGCACGUGGGCCAUCUGUAAGUAUGACAACGUGGUGGAGAUUGUGGAGGUGGAGUGCAAGCCGCCGCCCAUGCCCACCUGCUCCAACGGCCUGCAGCCCGUGCAAGUCAUGGACCCCGACGGCUGCUGCUGGCACUGGGAGUGUGACUGCUACUGCACAGGCUGGGGAGACCCGCACUACAUCACCUUCGACGGGCUCUACUACAGCUACCAGGGCAACUGCACCUAUGUGUUAGUGGAGGAGAUCACGUCCACGGUGGACAACUUUGGUGUCUACAUUGACAACUACCACUGCGACGUCAACGACCAGGUGUCCUGCCCCCGCACACUCAUCGUGCGGCAUGAGACCCACGAGGUGCUGAUCAAAACUCUGCAGAUGAUGCCCAUCAAGGUUCAGGUGCAGAUCAACAAGCAGGUGGUGGCCCUGCCCUACAAGAAGUAUGGGCUAAAAGUGUAUGAGUCAGGCAUCAACUUCCUGGUGGACAUCCCUGAGCUGGGCGCCAUCAUCUCCUACAACGGCCUGUCCUUCUCCAUCAGGCUGCCCUACAGUCGCUUCGGCAACAACACCAAGGGCCAGUGCGGUACCUGUACCAACAGCACGGCUGACGACUGUGUGCUGCCCAGUGGGGAGGUCACCUCCAACUGCGAACUGGCUGCUGACCAGUGGGUGGUGAAUGACCCCUCUAAGCCACACUGUCCCCACACUGACAUCACUACGGAGCGCCCGGUUAUCAAGACAACUUUGCCCAAGAACUGCACUGUGUCUCCGCUCUGCCAGCUCAUCAAGGACAGCUUGUUUUCCCAGUGCCACCCCUGGGUGCCGCCCCAGCACUACUACGAGGCCUGCAUAUUCGACAGCUGCUUCGUGCCAAACUCUGGCAUGGAGUGCGCCAGUGUGCAAGCCUACGCGGCCCUCUGCUCCCAGGAAAAGGUCUGUGUGGACUGGCGGUCGCACACUAACGGGUCCUGCGCUGUGACGUGUCCGGCUCAUAGGCAGUACCAGCCCUGUGGGCCCGCAGAGGAGCCCACUUGCCAGUCAAGUGCCUCACAGAACUCCUCGGUCCUGGUGGAAGGCUGCUUCUGUCCUGAAGGCACUAUGAGCUACUCGCCUGGCUAUGAUGUCUGUGUGAAGAUGUGCGGCUGUGUGGGACCAGACAAUGUUCCCAGAGAGUUUGGGGAACGAUUCGUCUUCGACUGCAAGGACUGCAUCUGCCUGGAGGGCGGCAGUGGCAUCACCUGCCAGCCCAAGAAGUGUAGCCAGCAGGCACCACCCACGUGUGAGGAGGAGGGCACCUACCUGGUCACCGAGGUCAACCCGGCCGACACCUGCUGCAGCAUCUCUUCGUGCAAGUGCAAUGCCAGCCUGUGCACAAAGGAGCUCCCUUCGUGCCCACUGGGCUUUGAGGUGAAGAGCAAGACGGGGCCGGGGAAGUGCUGCCCAGUCUACUCCUGUGAGCCCAAGCAGGUGUGCGUGCACGAGAACGCAGAGUACCAGCCUGGAUCCCCAGUGUACUCCUCCAAGUGCCAGAAAUGCAUGUGUACCCGAGAAUUCAACAGCAGCAGCCAGCUCAACAUCAUCAGCUGUACCCACGUGCCCUGCAACGUGUCCUGCGACCCCGGCUUCGAGCCUGUGGAGGUCCCUGGUGAGUGCUGCAGCAAGUGCCAGCAGACCCACUGCAUCAUCAACAUUCCUGGCAGCCAGGCUGUGGUCCUGAAGCCCGGAGAUAUGGAGAGGAACCCCAGCAACAAGUGCACCUUCUUCAGCUGUAUGAAGAUCUACAACCAACUCAUCUCGUCCGUCUCCAACAUCACCUGCCCUGACUUCAACCCUGGCACCUGUGUCCCGGGCUCCAUCAGAUAUAUGCCCAAUGGGUGCUGCAGGACCUGCAUCUCUCUGAAUGAGACCAGGGUCCCUUGCUCCACCAUCCCAAUUGUCAAGGAAAUUUCCUAUGCCGGCUGUGCCAAGAACGUCACCACUAACUACUGCUCCGGGUCCUGCGAGACCUUUGCCAUGUACUCAGCCAAGGCACAGAGCCUGGACCAUCGCUGCUCCUGCUGCAAGGAGGAGAGCACCGUGGAGCGCCAGGUGGUCCUGGACUGUCCCAAUGGGGGCUCGCUGCCUUACACCUACACGCACAUCCAGGGAUGUCUGUGCCAGGAGAGCGUGUGCCAAAUCCCGGAGACCCGGGUGCGGCGUGCCAGCCCCAGGCUCCUGGGCAGGGUGUAAGCAGCCUGCGGGCCCACAGACUCACCCACCAUCCCUUGGCGCUUCCUCUCCCUCUGCUUGGUUUCCUCUCUGCAGAUAUUUAUUUUCUGAGUCUGUCUGAUGUUUGCUAUCUGAUAAUAAACUCAUGCAGAGGCGC